AUGCCAGACCUACUAUCUCAACAACCAUUCACUAAAAUUUUACAGAAAAAUGAAAAUUCCUUUAGAUUUGUUACGUUUAAUGUAAACGGUGUCAAGACAAUUUUUAAUUACCAUCCGUGGAACAAAAUCAACAAUGAUUUCAAUACAAUGUUUGAUUUGCUACAAGCAGACGUAAUUACACUCCAGGAAUUAAAACUAACGGAACAAUCUUUGAGCACCUUGAAAAAUAUUGGCCAUUUAAAAGAUUAUCGGUCCUUCAUAAGUCUACCGACAAAAAAAAAGGGAUAUAGUGGCGUUGGACUUUUUGUGCGUAUCCCCCAAACGCCAAUACAAAGAAAGUAUCUAACUGUUGUCAAGGCUGAAGAAGGACUUACGGGUUGGUUAUCGGAUAAAAGUGGGAAAUCAUAUCGGUUGCAAGAUAGUAAUAUUGGGGGGUAUACAGAUAUUGAUGAAAAACUGGGUUUAGAUCUAGACAGCGAAGGACGAUGCGUUGUUAUUGAAUUGAUAAAUAACUGUGUGGUUUUCGCGUUAUACUGCCCCGCAAACUCACUGGGAACAGAAGACGGUGAAAUUUUCAGGCUACGAUUUCUACUGCACUUGUUGAAACGGUGUCACAAUUUGAAAUUCAACCAUGGUAAAGAUGUCAUUAUUAUGGGUGAUAUCAAUGUGUGUCUUGAUUUGAUUGACAGUGCUGAGGGCAUCAAUGAUAGAUUAGCAACAAAUCAAAUCACCGAUAUAUCUGAUGGAUGCUCGUUUGAAAUUGCCAACUACGAUGAAUGCUGCAAGUUUAAAAAAUCGAGACGUGCUCGCGAAUUAAUGAAUGAUUACGUUAUACGAUCAAUGGUUCAAGAGAGAACAGAUGCAUCUAUGGGAGAUAAUUUCCUAUAUGACACCACGAGGUACAUCCAAGGAAGAAGAAGAAAAAUGUAUACGGUGUGGAACACCUUGACCAGUUCAAGACAAAUCAAUUACGGUUCAAGAAUAGAUUUGAUUUUAUGCAGCUCACAGAAUAUGGUCAAUUGUGUCUCAAAUGCAGAUAUCUGGCCAUUCAUACUAGGCAGUGAUCAUUGUCCCGUUUUCACUGAUUUUGAUCCAUGGAAUGAAGGUUCAGCAACAGAGGAAAUGAACUUGAAUGAGAAUAACAAGCUUCUUUUUGAGGCCAAAUACCACUUUAAAUUAAACAAAAUGAGAGAUAUUUCAACGUUAUUUGGUGCUGGUAAAAAGAGAUCAGUGCAGUCAGAUACCGAAACCUCCUCUGGUGUAGAUAUCACGUCUCUGGAAAAACUGGCAACUCCCGAAUCACAAUCAAAGGCAGGUGCUGGUAUUGCUGCUACAAAGAGACCCAAGUUAGUCUAUACGAGUAGAAAAAUAGCCGCAAAAGACAGUAAGCCUAGAGCAAUAAACGACUACUUUAGCUAG